AUGAUUGAGAAAUUCUAUCCGUUGAAGUGUCUGGUAUUUAUGGUGAUACUUGCAACUGAUGUAUAUGCUAAUUCAAUCGCUCAUACUGUCUUCUUACCAUCGGAUAGAUCAUUGAAUCCAUUCAGUGAUCAUUUCAUUCAACGAGUGAUUAACAUGGACCGAGAAAAGCUCUUUGCUAUUCCACAAAUGGAUGACGCUGAAUUUUUAGUGGCAUUAUCUCGCAAUGAUGAUUCAUUGGGUGGUUCAUUUUCUCGUGCUGUUGAAGACGAUCCGUACGAAAUACUUUUUGAUGAUAAACUCGAUGAUCAACUCGCACUACAAGAUAAUAUCGACGGUGAAUGGGUACAUUUAAUGACUGCUGGACCACUCACAGUUAACUAUAUAGGCAAUCUUCUUGUCCUUGCCAGUAAACGUGAUUUUCCACUGACUCGUCCACCACAAUUUGUCUUUCAACACAUUAAAGAUCCAGGUUCAUUUCGAGCAACAAUCUCUCAAGUAACAGGCUCGAUGUAUUCAGCACUGUUAGGCGCACAUACAGCUAUGGAUCGUAUUCAACUCAAUGUUCAAGAAGUUCCCAAUCAUAUUAAAACUGCUCUCAAAUUAGUCAUGGUUGGCUCACCAAUGCUUAUCGAAAUGAUGCUUCCGAAGUCUUUGGACGCUGUUGGUCGUAUUGCUAAUGAAAGUGCUGCACAUGCACGAGCAACGUUCCAAAAAUUUUCUUCAUUACAAGAACUUAUUGGUGAAAUUAUCGCAGCAAAUACAUACACACAUUCAUCGCAAUCAAGCAUUGUUGAUAAAAUUCAAGAACAGAUUAAUGCAGCGAAACAAGAUCAGAUACAGCUCAAUAAUAAUAUGAAUUCUAUUAAGGCUCAGUACGAAGAUGCUCGACGCGAAAUGGAAAAAGCUCGCCAAGAAUAUCAAGUCGCAUUUAAUGCGAUUCCAGCAUUUCGUGGAUGGUUCAAGAAAAUAUUUCGAAAAAUAGUCAAUUUUGUUGUGUCGAUUGUCACUUUUCCAGCGCGCAUCCUCGGCUGCAUUUUAGGAUUAUGUUAUAGUAAUCAAGCAGCUCUUGCUGCAGCUGCAGCAGCAGCCGAAACAGCCAAACAAAAUGCGAUAGCUAAAGCAAAUCAUCUUCUUCAAGUUUUACAAGAAGCCGAAAAACGUCAUGCUGCUUUUGCUGCACAACAAGUGGCCGAACAACAAAAAAUAGCUGAUAUGAUGAAGAAAAUUGCUGCUCUUGAUUUAGAUCGAAUGAGUGAACAAGAAAUUGUCGAUAUUCUUAUUGAGUCUAUCUUGCAAAUGAGUCAAAUCAAAGAACAAUGGGGACGUUUGAUACAGUUCUUUUCGAAAUUAUCCAUUCAAGCUGAUAGUACGCAACAGAUCAUUGUGCAAGACUUUAUCGGUGCCAUGAAAGAUGCACAAGCGAACAAUUUAUUGAUUGAUGCAAGUGAUCGAGAAUUUUUUGUCGAAAUCUUAAGUAUAACAUGUCAAGAAAUCGAACGAGGUGCUCAUCUACUCUAUGUGAUGUCGAAAACAUAUUUUGAUAUUUCAUCUGAAUAUAUGAUUAAUCAGAUUGCUACUAUAAACACAUUAUUGCUUCUGCAAACGAAUUCGGAGAGAUCAUCGCUUUUGCGUUCACUUUCUUCAAAUACAACUAUUACAUCAACGAAAAUUAUACAAUUAGCUCAAGAACGACAAAACGAAUAUGCAUCACGUAAUAAGGCACGUCGCGAUGAAUAUCAACGUUUUUUAGCUAAAUUAGCUGAAGAAGAUUUGGAAAUAGUGAUUGGUUAA